UGUCAUUUAAAUAAUACUAGCUUAAUUAACAAUUAUGGCGGAAACCGCAGUACAUUUUUCAGUAACAACUCAAAUAAAGCCAACAAUAUUUGAAAUCAUAGCUCAAGAAUCUCUUGCUGCAACAAUCGAUCCGGCUUUUAAAAAACUUAUUGAGUUUUUAGCUACAACAAGACCUGAAUAUUUCAAUAGAAUAUUAUUGUAUUACGAUGAACUGUACUUAUUAAUUAGUGGCUUGAUAGAGUAUUACUAUAUCAAAAAUUAUGAUGCAACAUUCUCUGAAUCUUUUUAUGGAUUGAAAAGAGUUUGUACAAAUGCACUCAAUGAUUUACCAAGUUUGAGUACCAAGAAACGAUAUUUAUCCUUAGCAUGUGUUGUUUUGUUGCCUUAUAUAUUCAAGAAGAUUGAAAGUAAAAGCAAAAUACUUCUUGAUCUUAAGAAUGAAAAUAAAAAUACUUAUGCAAGAUUUGAAACAUUUAUAUAUACGCUCAAUAUAAUUAAAUUCGCUUGGAAAGGCUAUGAGUUGAUUCAAUUAUUAGCAUAUGUAUCAGGUGCAACAAACUACCAUUCAACCUUAUUAAAAUUUUGCAAGAUUAAUUUAGUAUAUGCACCAUCAAAUCAUCUACAAUCAAGUUGGUCAUGGACUGAUCUUUUUACUAAUAAAAUUAAAAUAUCAACUGCUCUUGGUUCAGGUCUAUUAAGGCUUUUUGAAGUUAGUGCAUUCUUCAUACAAUUUUUCCAAUCAUGGUCAUCAGAUAAUUAUCAGUUUAAUAUUGCUGCAUUACCUAAUCCACCUCCACCACAAAUUGAUGGUAGGGCAGUAAAAUAUUAUGGAAAAUGCCCUGUGUGUUUGCAGACAUGGAAUGUGCCAACUGCUCUACAAGUUUCUGGGUAUGUGUACUGCUAUAAAUGCAUUUCAACGCAUUUAAAAAAAUAUUCAAGGUGUCCAGUAACACAGUAUCCUGCUACAACAGAUGAUUUAGUAAAAUUAUAUUAUAGUAUCUGCGUUAUCUCAGAUAGUAGGAUCUAUAUGUUAAGGCCCUAUGGUGCCUAUUAA